UUUCUCACUUAAUAGCGUGAAGGGAAAGAGCAGAAACAUGAAUGGGUGUUAUCUAGAAACACUGAUGUUGAAGUGUGAUAAAUGUGACUUUUGUGUACAAAUUCUCUUGUGCUGAGUCAUUUGAGCCCAUCCUCCAUUCCUCUGUCAAACAUCAGAUCUUUGUCCCCGCCCUUUCUCCUGCAAACACACUCUCCACUCGUCCCACACAAGAAGGCUCCUGCAGUGACAACAACAGAUGAUGACUAAAUAAAAAAUAUUUUACUACUCUGUUAAUAGUCAUUUUAUAAGAUAUACUUAUUGCUUCAGCUGCAGAUAAUGGAAGAGAAAACAACACAAGGCACAACUCAUGACCUGGAUGGAGAGCCUAAGGAGCUGAGAGAUUCUGCUAAACCAGAGUGUGAGCUGAGGCUGGUGUUGCUGGGCUGGGCAGGCACGGGGAAAAGCAGUUUGGGUAACGCCAUCCUCGGCAGUCCGGUGUUUGAUACACGCCAUGGUUCCACCUCUCAGAAGCCAGUAACCAUGAAUUGUGAGAAGGGGUGUGCAAGUGUGGCUGGAAGGCAGGUGGUUGUGGUGGACACUCCAGACUGGUUCUACUCGGAGAGGCCCGAAGAGGAAGUGCACCACCAGCUGGCUCUCUGCGAAUCCCUGGCUGCUCCAGGACCCCAUGCCUUCCUGCUCUGCAUCUCUAUCCAUCGCCCAUGUGAGAACCUCCAGGCUCUGGAUGCCUUAGAGAAAGUGUUUGGUCUCGAAGCCAUCACCAAACACACUGUUGUCCUGUUUACUGAUACGGACCAGCUGUCAGAGGGUCAAACACUGAAGGAGGUCCUUAACCCCGAGCAGAAGGAUUUGCUGGAAUUGGUGCAGAGGUGUGGAGACCGUUAUCAUGUCAUAAAAGUAGAUGAAGGAAAGGAGGAGGAGAAAGGCAGAAAGAGUGUGGAGGAGUUGUUGGAGAAGGUGGAGAAGAUGGUAAAAGAGAGUGGGGAGGAAUUCUAUACCUGCCCUCCUCUCUUUCACAUAGAAGAGGAAGAGAGAAGGAUGGAAGCAAGUAUUGAGGAAAGCUCAUCCAAUGAAAUCGUGAGCAAGUGGAAAGAUGAGGUCGACGAAGACUCAGGUGUGGAGCCAGAAGUGAGCACAGAGAAAACGGAGGAGAGUGGAGAUGGUCUGGAGGCAGAGGAGGACAUUGCUUUAUCUCCUCCUGCACCUCCUCCCUCGUUCUUGCGCUGGGUUUGGGACACAGUGGUUGGAUGGGUGCUGUGGCUGCCCAGCCUGGUGAGGGGUACCACUUUACUUGGCUCUAUUGUGGGGUUGUUUUUCGGGGGUGCCAUGGGGGCUACUGUGGGCUCUGUUGCCACCGAGGUGGGCAGAAGAAAAAACAAAACAAAAGUAAAAACAAAAUAACACUCUUUGUAUGCAUCAGAACACUUUUUGAAACUGAAAAUGUAUAAAAUUUGCUACAGAAAAAAAAUCUCCUGGGCUCAGGUGAGCAAGACAAAAACAUUAAAGUUGCAAUACUGUAUCAUUAAUGCCAACCAAAAGUAACUACUUUUGAGCUAAUGUUAAAUGAUAAAUAUUAAUUUAAGCCUUUCUGAGAUCUUGGUCUUUAAAACUAGGUUUAAGGAAAGGUUCUCGGUACAGAUUUAUAAGCACGUAAAACUAUACAAUGAAUCUAUACUUUAAGGCAUUUUUGCUUCUUGAUGCUAAAUUACCCCUAAUCCUGUUCUUCAGAAUAAGCAUCAAUGUCUAUUAUUUAUAGACUAGAAUAACAGAACGUAUUUCUAUAAUACCAUAAUAUUUUUAUUGUUAUACUCGUCAGGGCAUGAAGGUAGUUUACGAAGGUAGAAAAGUCUGUGGUGUUGUAUCUGUAAUGAUAGAGAGUCAAAUUACUAAGUGGAAUUGCUCCCAAGUGAAAGUUGUUUACCACAUGGGUUUUACUCUGCUCAUUUAUUUACAUGAUUUGAAGCUGUCCAAACAUCAGAGAGUUAGUCAGUUACUUUGCCUUGUUGAUUAUUUAGGGAGUUCUGAAGAAUGAUUUAAGUGCUGAAUAAUAAUUUGCUUAUCCACUGUAGCACGGUAUGCGCUAAACUUACAGUGCGUUUGUUUCUUAUGUAUUCACCAGCUCACAUCAUGCAUUUUCAUAGCACAAAUUCAUUUAAAAAUUUUUUAAUCUAAAUAAAAAUUCCCAUCCACAUUAGUAGUGCUUCUACUUUAUGUUCAUGUAGGUUACAUGGUUUUUGUAAAGCUGUUACCAAUUGCAGAUAACAGUAUAUUAUUAGACACAGCUCAAGUGCUACGUUACUCAUGCUGUUUAGACAGCUUUUUGAUUCACAGAGGAAAAAAAAAAAAUCUGGUUUAUUACACACUUGGCAGGAGUGCUUUGCUGUGUAGCUUAUGUAUUUUGAGCAACUGAAAAUGUACAAGUAAAACUAAAUAAUCCAAA